AUGUCUGCCUUUCAUUAUGCUGUAAGGACAAGUGUUUUGUCACGAGAAUGGAGGUACUGGUACAAAUGGGCAGUACGUUCUAAACUAGUGUUUGAUGAUAAUGUUGACAAAGGACUUCUCCUGAAAACAGUUAUUUACCAAGUUCUAUUAAUCCAUGAAGGACCACUACGUAAUUUUAGCCUCCUAAUCUCUAACUCUGAGCUUUUUCCUGAUAUUAAUAACUGGAUUCUGUUUCUGUCAAAGAAAAAUGUCCAAGAAUUCUCACUUAGAAUUCGUUUCUUCACGGAAUUUCGUCUCACUUCUCAACUAUUCAAAUUUCAGGAUCUAAGGCGCCUGGAGCUUUAUAGGCAUAAAUUCUCCUCUCCUGCCAACUUCACAGCUUUUAGUAGGCUUGUUACCCUUAACUUUCAGUUUGUGAAAUUCAAUCCAACAUCAUUUCAGACCCCCCUUUCAAGUAGCCCAUUACUUGAAUGUGUAACGUUGACUUGGUGCAGUCCAUUUGAUUGCUUCGUUGUUGAUGCCCCUCGUCUCAAAUCCUUUGAAUCUACCGGAAAAAUAAAAUCCAUUUGCUUAAAAAAAAAUACCCCUUUGCUCGAGGAAAUUAUAGCGGGCCAGUCUUCAAACAUUUUGGAGUCCUUUGCAGUACUAGAGCCUCAUGUAACACUGCGUAACAUCAAGCUUUCAAACAUCAACUUAGAGUGGACUGCAUAUGCGCUUUACUUGAUCAGCAACUGCCCAAAUUUAGAAAGGCUCCAACUAACAGUACGGUUUUCAUCUUCUGAUCUUAAACAGGCUGAAUUACUGCUGCUUUUUCUUCAGACAAUUAAUCUUAACUUCUCCUUUUUUACUUUCUCAAAGUGUUAUGCCUCACAGGAUCCUUCGGAACGUGUUAUAUAUUUCAUGCACUCCCAAGGAAUGCUACAUAGUGCACUGAAGCAGCAAAAGGGUGGAUCUAAAACUGAUGCUGUUUUCUGA